GGUAACGUUAAGAUAUGCUAAGCAUGUCCCUCGAAGUGAAGAAAUCGUCAUGGCACCAGCUACUGCACAAUUGGUACAGCUCACCAUCAGCUCGGAACUUGCUCGGAGACAGCACAUCCCUGUUCCUGACAUGCUACCAGCAGCGGAGAUAGUAGUCGAAGCUGGACGAUCAUUCACCAUGGCUGCUGAGGAAGAGGCUUCAAGACUUUCAACAGAUUGUUCCAGACAAGUGCGCAGUCUGACCAAAGAUUUGAAUCUUGCUGGUAGCGAUCUGAUGAGUGUUAGUCAUGCUCUUCGCACUGAUCAAUCUGUUGCUUUACGCACUGCCCUCCGUGACUCCUGCUUCCAGUAUAAUUUAACUGUUAUGAAGAUAUUGUUGUCACUAGAUGGUCAAAAGAUCAAAAUAAUCAAAAGUUGCGGUGAACAGCUAGUUGCAGAAAUACACUCUAUUCCUCAUACCUGUGGCAACAUGAAAACUUUGGUUCCACUCUUCAAACAUUUCAUAGAAGAUCUAACUCAAUUUUGUUACAGAAUCACAGAUUACCAUAAAGAAAUAAAGGACAAAAACACCAGGGCAACUGUGGAACAAGGACUGAAGAUUAUCAAACGUACGCCGACAGUCAUAUCAAAUAUUUUGCAAGACCGGGGCAGGAGAUCUGUAAUUCAGACAGACAGUCAGCUGAACGAGAACAUUAAAACUUUUGUGACCACAGUUAGGAAUAUGCUGGGCGCUUUAAACACAAUAGAUGUGGAAUCAGCUACAAGAUACUUGGAACUUGUGCUCCACGCCAGUAUCGCAGUCGCUGGGGAAACUUCGUCCAAGAGGAGGAAUAUCAUCAGCACAAUUUGCAGCAAGAUCAUUAGAGUAAGAUCUGAACUUGCAAAGUUAUUCGCAGUUACAAGUCAGUCAAGUCAGUCUUGGAAUGUCAUCAACCAGCUCUCCAACCAGAUGGGGGAACAGUUCUCCGAGUUAAACAGAAUCCUCUCACAGACCUACAAAUCAUGCGAGCAAACCACUGAACAGUUCAAACCACUGGUAAAUCUGAGAGAGGCUGCUCAGAGAUCUUAUGUACAAAACGAUCCUGAAUUGGAGAAAUACAUAGAGAGAUUUAAACAGCAUGCGAACAGGCUGAUUGAUAUCACGGAAUAUGCAGUUGAGGUCAGUAAGGAGGAUGAUGACAACAUUUUGGUACUACAGAGAAUUGCUGCUGAUAUAAGCAUCCUUGGCCCGAAAAUCAUUGCCUGUGCUUUAUCUGUUCACGCCCAUCCUAAUGAAAAUGUAACUCUUGCUUUCAUGAAUGCAAUGUGUAACGAGUGGUCUAAAGUAGUUUCCAGACUGUUGGCUCUCAUCGACAAUUUAACAAACACUGGCGAGUUUCUUAGAGCUUCAGAAAGUCACAUUAAUAAAGAUGUAGCACUCUCUAAACAAGCAUUUAUCAACCAAGAUACUGUCGCUUUACUUCGCGCUGCCAAAGCUAUGAUCAAUAAAGCUCAGAGAGUUUUCCACGUAGGGCAGAAGGAACUUUUAAAAUCGACCAGCACCAAAUUCUCCUCUCAGCUUGAAGCUGCAUUAGCUGAUUUGGAACACGUGCUACCGAGGAUUAUCUCACUAACACAAGCUACAGUUGAGGACUUUAAAGAUAUAGAAUCUCAAGAAGAACUUGCUGGAGUGGCCCAUGAAAUAGCGCGCGCUGUGCACCAGAUAAAGACAGUGGUGUGUGAGGACCAGGGAGAUGAAGUAACUACCCAGGUAGAUGCUGCUAAUAGACUGGCAUCUGCUCUCAGGGGAGACACUGGCUUCUUUGAUAUCGGGGUUCAGACCUACUCGGAAGAUAUCACCAGUAAUGGCACUGAACCCCCCGAUAUCUUGCUGCAGUUUGCUAUGAAGGACGACUCUUUAGAUCCUGAUGACAUUAACAAGCUUGUUGGAGUGAAGGGUAUUAGAAAACCCCCAGCUUCUAUUAACGAUGCUAUAAUCUGCCUGGCAGAUCUCAUCACCACCGCUAUGAACGGGGAGACGGUAGAAAGUUGUAUUUCAGUCCUGACUGCUCACUGCGGUAGGAUAAAGGAGUUAAGUCAGCAGUGUCACAGCCUCUCUGAUAAUCAGACCCGGCUCAGAACCAUAGAUUUCCUGGUUAAAGAAAUGAACAAACUGACCCCAAGUGUUAACGACGCAGCCAGGAAAACUGCUAGCAAUAACAAAAACGCAGUAGCGAUAGAAAACCUGCGGUGGAGUGCUCGUCAUUGGGCUGACAGUGUGAUAGUUCUGGGUAAAGCAUAUGAUGACUUUGGGUUGGGACCCAGUUCCAGUCAUCAAGCAGUGAAAGUUCCCUCAAUGAACGGUCUAAUAUCAGCGGCUACAUCAGGUGACAAGGACAUGACAGAGGCAGAGCUAGACUCCUUAUCUCUCAGAACAACUAAGCAGAUAGACCUUGCUACCUACUGUUCUGCAGCGUGUCUCAGUUCCACAGUGGCACAGCAGAUAGACAAUACUUCAGGGGAGUUGGAGGACGUGUUCAGUGAAAUGAGUAGAACCUCCCAGGCUCUGGCUCAUUGCCAAGACGACGUUACACUGUCUUAUCUGGAGCACGUGUGCGCGCAAUGGCAGGAACUGUACUUACAACUGUGUACUUUGGUGGCUGAUAACCAACCUGAUACUAUACCAGACGAAACGGAACUAGGCAUACCACCCUCUAAAGUUAACAUAGCUAUCGAGCAACUUAUUUCCUCUGCUAAAUCUGGCAAUCGUCCAAAAGUUCAGGUUCUGGGUAACUCUCUGUCAGCCAUGACAACUAAAAUGAGGAGAAUAUCCAGACCUUUUGAUGAGUCUAAUGAGUAUCCUGAGUACCAGCGAGAUUACAUUAACGAGGUUAACGAGGAGUUGAUGAACAUUACUCCUGAGGUUAUUAAGUUUGGUCUGCUUGUUGCGGCUGACACUCAUGAUAAGGAUUUCUGUUCUCAACUUGAUGCUUACGGAAAGGAAUGGGUAGAUAAAAUGAUCAGCUUGUCAAAUGCUCUGGAAAUGAUACCAGAGAUGAGUAAUAACAGCAAGGACGAUGCAAUGGAAGCUGUAAGUCUAGAGAGUGAAGAAUUGAACGUAGAGCUUGAUUCAGUGACAGUGGAACUUGAAGAACCGCCUGAAUCUGCGCCGGUACACACAGACAAAGAGAGAAAACACAACCAUCACCCUGAGGACCUCCACCAGCCAAUCAGAGCUGCUGGUUACAGGUUAGUACGGCAGGGAACGAUAAUGGAGGAGGGGAAUGAACUGAGGGAGAUAAAGUCAAUCACCACUAAGUUAUGUGACUGUCUGCAAGUGCUCAGUUCAACGCACACUGAUGUCAAUGAGAGGUAUGAGAUGGAGGACACAGUGGAUCAGGUUAAAGGAACAGUAAACCAGAUUUUGCUGAUGAGACCUGGUGAUCUAGAGGAUUCUGUGGAGGACUGGCUGCACUCCAUCAACAGUGUUACAUCUCAUCUGGACACAUUCCUUAAACCUCUCCUUGACAUUGUCAGUUCUCCUAAAAACAAAGAUGUGUUCUCCACGUCGGCAGAGAGGAUAACUAAACUAGUGGAAUCUGUCACUGAAAUAACAUCAGAUCUGCAACUUGGCGUGUAUCUGAAGCUGAUAACCAACGAGAAGGAGAGAGACGGGGUGGAGCUGGUCAAUGUGACGCAGGAUCACGUGAACAAGAUGACACCUGCGUUAUGUGACGCUAUACAAGUUGUCACUUCCAGACCUAAUGACACCCUGCAGAGGACCAAGUUUGAAGCUAUCAAAUACCAAUGGGCAACUAAGUUUAGACUUCUCAACAUUGCAAUAGGUGACAUUUUGGGGCAUCACAGCUCUUUCCCUGAGUUUGCAGACAGGAAGGAUUGCUGGGUUGUUGAGGAGGACAUGGAGAGAUUGCUCACCUCAGUGUACCUCAUAUCAGAUAAACUAAUAGAGUGUGAUUACAAGGACUUAGUGUUUAAACACAUCAACAAGUUAAGAGAGCUGCAAGGUUCAAUGAGCAGUGUUCAUUUAAUGGACCCAGCCCAGUACAUGCUGCUAAAGACGGAUAUAACAUUUGCAGUGUACUGUAUCCACAGUGCGGUUAUUACUACAUGUAGUGCGGUUACUGAUCUAGUACCUGAGUUACCUGCUGACCUGGCGGACUCUAUUGAGUGUGAUCCUGGGACACUGUCUGAUACAGCAGACCAUGCUAUAGAUAUGAUAACAACUAUCUCAGACAGGGUGGAGGCUGAGGGAGGGGAGGCUGAGGACCAAGAGAAGGUUCAGAAGAUGAGGAUCCUAUCUUCUUCCCUCAUUGAGACACUGGUUCUUAUAUCUGAUCAGCCGUCAACUGAGGUGCGACUAGAAUACAAACAGUGUUAUGUAGACUGGCUGUGUCAAGUAAUGGAACUGGCUAAAAAGACAUCAUUUGAAGCUCUCAAACCCCGGAACAUACUGAUUGAUGACGUCAUUAAGAGUGAUGACGUCAUUAAGAGUGGUGACGUCAUUAAGAGUGAUGACGUCAUUAAGAGUGGUGAGGUGAUGCAGGAUAACGGACAUGAGGAGGACAUAGCAAUAAUGUACCGUGAUGUUAACACUUGUAGUGAUAGGAAUGAGGAGCACAUAGCAAUAAUGUACCGUGAUGUUAACACUUGUAGUGGCAGUCCUGGCUCAGAUAGGAAUGAGGAGCACAUAGCAAUAAUGUACCGUGAUGUUAACACUUGUAGUGGCAGUCCUGGCUCAGAUAGGAAUGAUAUGAGAUGCAGUACUUUUAGAUCCGAACUAUCUGGAUCUCAGACGUUUUCGGAACUACACUUCUCAGAAGAAGAAGGAAACAAGACCCCAGAACCAACUUUCAGUGCAUCUCUUAAUGGGAGGGAGGAGAGGGGGCGGAGCCAUUAUGUUAACUUGCAGUACCACCAGGGAUACCAGCAGGAGGGAUCACAAGAAGAAUACAGUGAAGAAGAAAUGCCAUUAAAAAUAGAGGGAGACAGUGUACAGGGAGACAGUCUGCACGGUACAGACAGUCUGUUUGAGAGGAACAGUACCCAGGAGGAGGAGGAGGGUGAGGGUGAGAGUGUAGGGUGAGGGUGAGGGUGAGGAGGAGGGUGAGGGUGAGAGUGUAGGGAGUAGCAGGUGCUCUACUCCUGUUAUGAUACACCCUCUUCAGUUGGAGUACUCAGAGGAUCCCACCAACACGGCUGUUCUAAGCGAUAUAGCUUCAGUGAUGAGCGACCAAGAACCCACCACCGAGUCAACCGAUACUGUCGACUCUUCAAUAAGGAUGCUAGAAGAGGAGUUAGCUCCCUGGGAGGUGACACACAACAGUCUGUUAGCCACCACCAAGAUACUAGUACAACAGUUCACUCUUGUAAGGGACACUGUAGUAGCUCAACCCAACACUAGGU